CACUGACCUCGUGCACAUCCGAAUAUUAGAAGACGCGACCAAACUGAACUACGUCUAAUGAGCCUGAAGUUGAUGUCCUGACGUGACGUUUCAACACGCGGCGCGCCUCUUCCGUUAUCACACAGCAUGCAUUGCCAGCAACAGUAGGCCGAAUAUAAUCAUCUUUUGAUACAAGGCUCUCCAAGAAUCGAUGGCAAGCACCCAACCAAAAGCUGUCAUUGCCGAUGAGGAGUCUGAUGUGUCUAGCUCAGAAGCAAGCCUUCACGGAAUUGGCUUGCAUGAUAUCAAGCCAGCGCAUGACAGCGAAUUAUGUCAAAGCCACACAUCAGAAACAAAUGAUGGUUUGCAUACUCAAGAAACUACUGCUCUGAACCACGCUGGCAAGGAUGAAUCGAGUCUCAAGAAGCUCCAGCCCACGUCCAUGCCCAAUUUUGACGACACGAGAGCGCAGGAGCCAUUCAUGGAAGAUGACGAACCCACUGCAUCUGAUCUCGAGUCCGCCGCCAGCAGUGCCAACGGAGAACCCAUGGAAGACAACCAAAGCUCAAACCUACCACAGACACAGUUACACAGAAUGCAUAAGUUUACCCUCUACGAGACAAAUGCUCGAUAUUGGAUAACUGGCUCAGAUAUCACAGACAAGUAUUACAAGCUCUUGAAAAUCGACCGCACUGCACCUCCAGGACAACUAUCAGUCUUUGAGGAUGAGAUUGUGUAUAACAAGAAGGAGGUCACACAACUUCUCACAACCAUUGACGAUGGAAACAAGGCAACCGGAGGACUGCGAGUCAAGUGUAGCUUCUGGGGUAUCUUGGGAUUCAUCAGGUUCACCGACUCCUACUACGUCUUGCUUAUCACCAAAAGACAGCAGGUUGCGAUGGUUGGCGGACACUACAUCUACCAGAUUGAUGGUACUGAGCUGGUCCCUCUUACUACUAGUCCUGGCUCUCGCUUUUCCAGGGAGCGAAACGCCGAGGAAGGCCGCUUUUUGGGAAUCUUGAACAAUCUCGACCUUACGCGUUCUUUCUACUUCAGCUACUCUUACGACAUUACUCGUACUUUGCAGUACAACAUUACUCGACAACGAAAUGCAAUCAACCAAGGAGUCCAACAGCCUGGUCAUGACUAUGAUGACAUGUUUGUUUGGAAUUCUCAUCUUCUCAGUCCAGCAGUGAAACACUUGAAGAACGCGUUUGACUGGUGCCUACCCAUCAUCCACGGCUUCAUUGACCAGUCGUCUCUCGACGUAUUUGGACGAAGCAUCUACAUCACCAUAAUUGGGCGACGAUCACGCUUCUUUGCUGGUGCACGUUUCCUCAAACGCGGAGCAAAUGACCUUGGCUUCGUGGCUAACGACGUAGAAACUGAACAGAUAGUCUCGGAGAUGCUUACAACCUCAUUCCAUGCCCCAGGGCCUAAGAUGUUCUCGAACCCAAAUUACACUUCGUAUGUCCAUCAUCGAGGCAGUAUACCACUUUACUGGACCCAGGAUAACAGCGGUGUCUCUCCGAAACCAGAUAUUGAUGUCAACAUGACAGAUCCUUUCUAUCAACCGGCGGCCAUGCAUUUUGAUAAUCUGUUCAAACGUUAUGGAUGCCCAAUUUACGUCUUGAACCUGAUCAAGUCCCGUGAGAGGACGGCGCGAGAAUCGAAGCUCCUCACCGAAUUCCAGAACGCUUUGGCAUACCUCAAUCAGUUCUUACCGGACAGCAAAAAGAUACAAUACAAGGCUUUCGAUAUGAGUCGAGCUGCGAAGACACGUGGCGGAGAUGUCAUUGGAACGCUCGAAGUGAUUGCAGAGGAGAUCAUGCAGCAGACUGGAUUCUUCCACAAUGGAGUUUCAGGAGAUGGAUUGUCGCAAGUCCAGAAUGGCGUGGCUCGUACAAAUUGCAUAGAUUGUCUCGACCGUACCAAUGCAGCUCAGUUCGUCAUCGGCAAGCGCGCUCUUGGACACCAACUACGAGCACUAGGUGUAAUUCCUACUGCUGAUAUGGAGUAUGACUCGGAUGCCGUCAACGUUUUCACGCACAUGUUUCACGACCACGGAGAUACUAUAGCCAUCCAAUACGGCGGAUCUCACUUGGUCAACACGAUGGCUACGUACAGAAAGAUCAACCACUGGCACAGCCAGUCAAGAGACAUGGUGGAAAGCUUCAAACGAUAUUACCACAACUCCUUUCUUGACUCUCAACGUCAAGAGGCAUAUAAUCUGUUUCUCGGAAAUUACACCUGGGCACAAGGCCAACCCAUGCUUUGGGAUCUCUCCACAGAUUAUUAUCUGCAUCACACUGACCCCAAAAAGUGGCUGGACCGUCCUCGCAAGAGCUACAUAAACUGGUAUACUCCGGAGCACCUCGAGCGACGAGUCCUGCCUCCAACGAUUGAAAAUGACCAGGGCACACUGACAACUCAGCAUCCGGCAGAAUACGACGACUACUGGCUAGAAUAUUACAGACCUUUAGCAGUGUCGUCAUUUGUCAAAGUUUACUCGUACAAGAUGAACACAAAUCACCGUUUUCUCCCCGAGAAGCCAAACAAAGACACAAAGUACGAUUUCAGCCCGUUCACUCCUCGCAUCGAUCCGAGCAGAAACUCACCCGACUCACCGGAAAAGAAGCCUCCCCGCAAAGGCGUCACGAUUGUGGACCCACAAAGCGAAAAUGAGGUCGGACAUCAACAGCCAAGCAAGAGUUCUACGGUGACAACAGUCCCUGAAAGCAUCCUCCGCGAUACGACAGUCGAGCGUGCAACACCGGACCCAGACAACCAAAAGUCAGUCAAGAUUGCCGACAAAGCAGCGAUAACACAAAUGACUGUGAAUCGGAUCUACGACCACUCACUCAAUCCUUCUGUCACCGCCGAGGAAACCACAGAGUACGAACGAUACAUCUCACACCCCUUCAAGAUCCCACUAGUCGUCACUUCUGAGCUACCUCCAGAAACUAAUCUGAAUUUGGACUUUGUGGAAUAUGUCAACAGUGGCAAAGCUGGCAUUGACUCUGGAGACGAGAGUAGCAAUGGCGUGCUUGAGCCCAGCGAUGAAGAUCUGGUCGAGUUUGCAGACUUUUUGACAGUGAGGGAAGACCCGUUGACUGUCUGGGAGGAGGACGGGGACAAGAAGAGAUACAAGGCUUAUCGUCAGUGGCUCAAGGGCAAGAGUCUCUUCAAGCAGAGCAAGGUGGACCCAGAAUAUCGUGAUUAUCGACAGUAGAAUGAGUGGGAGUCGACCGCUUGGGUCCUCUACUUGACUUGAUUGGAUUGCUCACAAUUGUAGUAAAUAAUGGCCAAUGGGAAAAGACUUUGUAAUUCAUGGUAAUAAACAAGCAUUCUGCAUCAACCAAGAAAAGUUGGUCAUGGUAGCAAUAAUACGUUGACUG